AUGAGCGAGAAGACUAUCACCGAGCACAUCUCCGCUGUCCCUUCCGCCGCCAGCAGCAGCAGCAGCACGACAACGACAACAACCAUCACAAACAUAACCAACAUAACGACCCACAUUUACAGCCUCUCCAAGCUGGAUAUCCUACCCCAGAUCCUCAGCGAAGGGAUCCUCCUCGCAGGCUCGGGCGCCGCCCUCCUCCUACAAGCGGCCUACCCAGGCAUCAAAUCCACCUUCCCCGAGACCUCCAGCAGCGACAGCACUACAACCCUAACACACAACCUAACAACAACCCUCGAAACAACUCUCACGCAUAUCUCAAUCCUCAUAUGCGGCAGCCCCCACGCAAAACAAACUCUCCUCACCAACCUACACCCCCCCCACCCCGCGUCCACAUCACCACCAGCCAAACAAACAAACCCCAACCCCAAACUCUGGCUCCCCGCAACCAUCUACACAACAGCAACAGACCUCUACCAACGCAUCUACGGGUCCCUCAGCCCUAGCAGCGCAGACAGCGCCUACACGGAGUUCGGUACGGUGCUACACGUCCUCAACCAUUCAGCGAAAGACCAGUGGCCCGCUUCUCGGCUGGAAUUCUGGAGGUACUGGGAUAAGCAGGUUGAGCGGCUGGCGGUGACGGGGGAGGCGCAUCGUGUCGCGCGGGAGGUGUUGUACCCGCCGCACCAGCAGCAGGGGCAGUCGGCGCUGUUGCAGGGGGGAAGGGUGAUGAGGGUUGUGAUACGGGCCGUGACGGUUGAGAUGCUCCCGCCUGGUGUGCGGGAGGUGUACGGGUUGAAGUCGACAGGAAGGACGAGGGCGUUGUAUCGCGGGGUUGUGCGGUGUGUGGGCGGUGCGGUUUAUCCUGCUAUGCCGGGGUGGGUGCGCGGGUAUCCUUUGCGGAGGGUUUUGGGGAGGAAUUCGGGGGGGUGGGGGGUGGAUGCUUAA